UGCAGACAUGAAGCCUUGUAAAAAUGUUUCAGUUUUGUUGCCAGAAAAAAGGGGGAAAACCCUAUUAUUAGGUCCCAGUUACUUUAAACAGGCUGAAGAUGCCCCCCACACACGUGCACACAGCCGAUGCGUUAUGGCAAAACCAUCGGCAGUUCCUGAUUAACUGUAUCCUGGUUAUUUUGCCAUGGGUCACUGUCAAAAUAAAUCUGAGAGAAUGUGGCCGUCUGACAGGAGCAGCAGCAGCGGUGGACAGCGGCUGCAGUGGAAAUGCCCCUCGGGUUGUGAUGAAAAGUGGCGCAUGUUAAUUGGACAACAACUGAAGCUUCCUGGGUCCCCUGAGUUCCGCGUCACCGUCGCGGCCCUUGGGCGUGACAGAGAUGCGCCAAACCAGGACGCACAUCUCAUCACAGAGAGGGAGGGCCCUUGCCUUUGAACGUCUGACAGUUCACCCGCAUUGGCCCAAGCGAGCCUGCCUCAGAAUGUCGAAACCUGUCCAGAGUUUGUGUUGAACCAAUCAAUGGUUCAUGCAAUCCUGACUGCUGAUGAGACUCUCAAUGUCGAAACCGGUGCAGAGUGAUGAUGCACUCCCUGAAGGAAGUCCGCGUGGAUGAUGGGUGCGUAGUAAACACUUGUGCUGUACUGUAUUGAUCACGUAGAAGGGGCAGGUCGAGGAAGCAGGAGGCGAAUCGCCUGUUUUUGACGUUGCUGCAGUUGAGGGGUUCGGGCAGCAGGGGUCGCCCUGGCCCCCCACAAGCCCCGCACCCAGGGCCUCACCAUGGCCGGGUUUCCCGCGUCUUUACGGAGCCUUGGACCCCUGUGUGAGGCGGCCCUGGGGGGCCUCCCCCUGCCAGGGGGUCCCGAGUGCGGGGGCCCAGGUGGGGCCGCCCGGGUGCUGCUGCUGGGGUUGGAACUGGGGACCCCUGAUAACCUGGGUCCCCUAGAAUCGGGCACCGGGGAGCUGUGGGCCCCCGAGACGGGGACUCCUGGAUCCCCCGGCCCCUUUGUGAUCGCCCGGGUCGAGCUGGCACUGCUGGCCAUGAGCGCGGUGCGGGGUCUGUGUGCGGGACUGCACGGCAGCCCGAGGGGACCCGGGGACCCUGACUCGAACUGGGAUGUUCGGCCACAGCGACACGGGGUGCGCUGCACUGACCCAGGAUCACCUGCGCGUGUGGAGGACUCCCCUGGCCCGGCGCUCCAGGAGGGCUACCGAUCCGUGCUGAGGGAGCUCCUGGGCACCACGGGAACCCUGGGCUCCCUGCUGGAUGCCCUCCUGUGCUCCCCUGAGGGUCUCCUGUCCCACGGCGCAGUGCAGGUCGCCACUGCGCUGUGCCUGCUCCUGGAGAGGGCGGAGGUGCCGAGUUUUGAGACGGGCGCGUGGGUGAGCGAGUGGGUGAGCGCGUGCAUGUCUCGGCUGACGGGGGCCCUGAGCAGGACCCAGCUGGCCGCCCUGGGGCAGGCCGAGGCGGCGUGGGCCCUGAGCGACCUUGUGAGCGCCCUCGCCCGGGAGGAGGCCUCCAGCGGCCGGACCUCAGAGGGCCUGGCGCAUGUCCUGCGCUUUCUGGAUCCCGUGUGGCCGACUCUCAUGGACGAAGUCUUCACCCACGCCCCCCAAAUACCAUCGCCACCACAGCCGCCGCUGCUGCUGCUCGCGCUACUGGAGCUGCAGGACGCCCUUGUGCGCUCGGGGAGUCCAGGCGCCGCCGGUCGCUUUCCCUUCAGCUGCGACGGCGCCCGCUGCUUGCUGAGCUUUCUGGCACGGCCGGCCGCCCCCUACCCAGCCGUGCGCCGGCUCGCUGGCCAUCUCAAGCGCUGGCUGGUGCGGAGCGCACGGCGGCGCGCUGACACCUCCUGCAACGCACACCCCACCGGCGCGCACCCCACCGGCGCACACCAGUGUGCAGAUGCAGAGGGUGUGGUGUGCCUAGCAUGGACCCUGGUGCACGCAGUGCACACGGGCUGGCUGCAGAGCAUCCACAUCCAUCGUGCGGCAUACCACCUCGGGGGCCAGGCCAGCUCCUCUCCACCCUGGGAGGAGAGUGCUGCCUCACAGUUACACCGGGAGGAGCAGCUGUGUAUGGGAAGCUGCCACAUCAGCUCUGACAGGUCGUCAGGAGUCCCGUCCUCGUACUUUGAUUGGCCGGCCAUUGACCUCGUGACUCUGCGGGGGGUGGUGCUGUCCGUAUUAGUGGCGGCCGUGGUGUGUGCGGCCAACCUGGACUCUGUGGGCGUGCGCACAUGCGUGGAGGCCGCCGCCCGUUUUGCGCUUGGGUUCCUCGAUGGCCCCGUGGGCCCCCGCACCGACUCACAGCUGACCUCCCACCGGUGCCUGUGGCUCGUGACCCUGUUUGGAGACCAGGACGACGACCUGGUGGAGGCGGCCAUGAGCCUCCUGCUGCUGCGACCCCACCUUGACCCCGACGAUGACGAGGACGAUGGCGGCGGUGCUGCCAUCCCGUGGAGUGAGCGCGUCGGCGUCGGCGCAACCUGCGCCUUCGUGAGCAUCGUGCGCCACGCUUGCUUCAGCCCCGUGGUACUGCUCGACCUGCUCAUCUCCAGCGAGACGCGCUUCCUGCAGCUGCUUGUACUGGUGUUGCGCCAUGUGCGCGCCACGCCGCAUGCCCUGGCACAGGCCUGCCUCACCGCCGACCUUGACGGCCACACAGGCCCUGCCGGCACCGCCUCCCCGCCCGCCGGGAUUCACCGUGGCCAGGGUGACCAACGCAAACCACCGCCGCCACGGGGAGAGGAGCGGAGCCCCGAGCGGAGGAGCCAGAGACGGCAUCAGAACAGUGUCUGCAAGCAAGGGGCGGUGGCAGAGGAACUCGGGAAGAAAAAGCAGCACCGGCUUGUCGACUACGAGUCCUCGGAGGACGACGCCGAUGGCGGCGGCGAUCGUCGGGAUGAGCGUGAACGAGGGACGCACUGGGCGAGUGGUCCCGAGAGCCGGCAUCUCUGCCUUCGUGACGAAAAUGGUGCUCGUGUAAACGAGGAUAACGAUGAGAGUGACGAUGAGAGUGAUGAUGACCAUCUCAGUGAUAGCGAUGUCGAUGACGGCGACGACAGUGAUAACGAUGACAAUGAAAGCGAUGCUGCCGAAGGUGUGCAAGACGACGACGCCGUGGCCGAUCUAGACGAGGUAGAUGACGAUGUAAGCGGUAGCAUGGUGGCGCCGGUGCCCACGCUGCUGUCCGUGCUCCGCUGCCUCUCGAGGCUGCAGCUCCGCGUACAGCGCCUGUGCCGGCGCCAUCUCUUCCCGUAUGACGCGCGACCACUGCUCAGGCUGCUGAGCCAGGCGCAGGCCUCCUGCGCAGGCCUCUGCUCCAGCUCAAGACCUUCCUCUUCUCCCCUGCCCGUGAAUACCUCUAGCCCUCCCACAGACUCACACAGAGACCUGUAGACUCACAGAGACCCAUAGAAACCUACGGCUGCUUGUCUAAAAUAAACGUCCCCACUCGUUCUGUGCAGAGUCCUGAGAUGCCAUCGCAUUUAGACACCGCUAUGUAAGUCCUGGUUGUCGUGUACGGACGGAGCUGUGUGGUAGGGGCGGUGGAGUGCUCUUGCCUACAACAGCUGUCAACUGGGUGGCAUCUGUUUAACAGGCAUAACCCUGCUGAGGAGACCGAAAGUUGAAACCGAUCCAGAAUUUGCUGCCUAAACAAAAUCCGCUAGAAGACAUUGGUUCACGGGCCCAAUGGGGCUAGUCUAUCUUUACACAGCGAGACGGACUCUGGUCAUUUACAGAGUGUAUUGUAAGGGAGUCUUCGUGUGGCUCUGAGUGUCUGCCACAUUCACCCCCUCCAUUGCCAAUUGCUGUCUCUCAGACAUCAAUUUUACCUUUUGAAACCUGGUGAGAACUCAAGGGACUGGGAUUUAUCUCAUUUUUAAGAGUGAAUAAGUGGGUAAACAAUUGAGAUGACCGAGUACAAGUUUCAAGUUUAUUUUGAGAUCAAGUCAUUUGCAAGUAACCUGGGUCACCAAAGUGACAAAAACACAGAAAUUCAAGAAUUCAUUGCUGAUCUUCAAUCUCCUGGUCACUUCGCAGCCCCAGUCCUACACCUGGAAACUCCAGGUGGCCACCCAUUGCAGUCCUGAGCAGGCUCAAAUCUGUUUAGCUUCCUACAGGUGAAGAAAUCUGGCGCAUUCACGGUGCUAUUUGGUGAGAUCUGAUCCAAGGGGUUUCCAUACUGCUCCACAUCAGAAAAACCUGAACACAAAAUGUUCAUUCGUAUCAGAGCACAAUGGUUGACUGUCACAUCACAAACAUGGGCAGUGGUGCAAAUAACAAUAAAUGCAACAUUCGUCAAUAACAGACUGAAAACUAAUUUCUUUAUAACGUAUUUUUAAGUUUAGUUUGUCCAUCCCCCGCACCCUGAUUAGCAGUUAGCUACAUACGGUACGAAAGAAGUUCAACACAUACAUAAACGGGAAAAAUAUGAGGCUACAUUUCUGGCAAUGGCCCAUCAGAGGACUGCAGAGAUCGGGGGUCGAAUUUGGCACUGGCUCCUCACCACAGCAUGGCGAGAUGUUCAGUACCUCACCUGGUAUGUAGAGCGUGGGUCCGAUCCCAACCCCGAUGCCUGUAUAUUUGGAGUUUGCAUGUUUUCCCCGUGGUUACGUGGAUUUUCUCCAGGUUCUCCAGUUUUUCCCUCCACAUUUAGUAAGAUGCGUCGCAAAGCUUUUGUGUGCUAUAAAUUUCCACAUAAGCCACUUCGUAGAGCUAUCAUUUGUGGCAAGGUCGCUUCUGAAAGAGAGCAAUAUAGCUCAGUGGGCCUUACCUGGUAAAAUAAAAGUUUAGUUUACUGCC